CUAAGCCGUCUGUCGGAGCACUGUCCUCUCCAGCCCAUACUUGGCCAGCACGGGGCGGGCGGCCGCCACGGCAAUGGGAUGACACUCGACGUCUGUGUUGCCCUCUGUCGGCGCCUCGGUCGUCCAGAGGCGGAUGCCGCCAUUGACCACCCACAGGUAGGCCACAAUGGUGUCGAUCGCUGCUGUGCCCUUGAGGAUGAUGAGUCGUCGGCGGCCGUCAUCUCCCGGGCCGAAUGGAUUCUCAUUGAUGUAGUCGACGGUCUUGUAGCCCUCGAUGGUCGGUGCCGUCAGCAGGGACCGACAGCGGCUGUCGUCACGACCAACAUGAGCACUAAUCACGCACUUCUCUCCCGCCCCCUCUUGGUCACACCACCACUCCAGGACCAUCCGCUUGAGGAAUGCCGUGAAUGAUGGGAAGAGAUAGACACUCCAGCGGAUGGGGGGGUCGCUGUGGUUGUAUCCGCUGCAGUAGGGGUGGUUGGGGGGCAAAUCAGCGAGGGGGACAGUCGUGAAGUCGACAUUGCCGAUCCUGUAGCGCUGCCUCGUCACGCCACCACCAUGACCAUCGCCCGGCUGCCCCUCUGCACCAUCACCCCCUGCACCCUCCUGCUGCUGCUGGUCGAUGUCGUCAUCUUGUUCGUCAUCCUGCUCGCCCCCAUCGCCCAUGGCAUCGUCGUCGUCGUCGUCCUCCUCCUCCUCAUCAUCAUCACCAUCAUCAUCAUCAUCGCUGUCCUCCAUCUCCUCGCCGUCCUCCUGCUCCUCCAUGUCCUUCUCCACCCGAUCCAAUGCCAGGCUGGUCCCCCGGUAGCUGAGCAAAUGGCCGAAUGUCUUGUAGACGGCCAGGGCGAGGGGCAGCUCGUCGAAUGCUGAGGCGGUGGGCAGCGAAUCAGCCGACAGCCGCAGGGGCAGUGUCUUGAUGAGCUUGUACUUGUGCGCCAGGUGGAUGAAGUCGGUCAUCUGCUGCCAUACCGCCCCGCCUUGCUCCAGUGCAUAGGCGGACGCCGACAGAUAGCGAAACCGCCGGACGGCAUCGCUGGUCGGCUGUGGGUGUGUCGGGGGGCCACCGGGGGGGUCGGUGUCUGCUGCUGUGGGUGUGCCUGUGGCUGUGGCUGUGGCUGUGGGCGGGGUGGGCCGCUCGACAUCGACGAGUCCGGUGAGUGAGUGUUUGUUGAGGUCCUGGUCGAUGCGCUUGAGCAUGAAGGCCUCAUCGACGAGCUGGCUGCCGUGUGUCUUGCUGGUGGGGCGGGCCGAGCAGACGGCCUCAUCCACAGACAGCAUCGGGUAGAUGUCCCCACGCCACACGUCGGCCGACAGGUCGUCGCCCAGUCUGGGUGGCGGCGGCUUAGCCCAGCCGAUCGGCCGGCAGGUGCCCUUGACGCCCUCGCCGAUCCCACGCAGACCCUCGGCAGCCGACGAGAGAGCCGACAACACGCCAGGCCACUUCUGGGCGAGAAAUGGCGUCUGCACGACAGCACACAGA